AUGCCAUCAAUCCAUUCCUGGCCGCCCGAUGAUUUCCAGCUCAUAGCUGACGAUGUGGAUCAGGAGGAUAGCUCCACAUCAGUGGCUUUGUGGAUGGCCUCCUCCGAGGUGGACCAGAAGGCCCUGGGCAAUUUCGCGGCCGCAAUGGCCUUGGAAAGCCCUUUACUAUCGGCCAUGCUAUAUAAAGUACUCGGGCUAUCUGUGAUGUUAUCAAAGAAGCUACUCCGUGCUCGACGACUCCGCCGACUAGACACCACCCGUGAAACGAAGUCGCUUCAACUCUAUCAUCACAUCAUCUGGCUCUCUCGCGAAGGACUCUUCAUACUGGAAGGAUAUAUCCUGCCAAUGGUAGCACCCUACAUCGAACUAAAGGUCCUAUCAUACAAACUCCGCGCUUCAUUCUACCAUAUUUUCGUUCUAUUCCACAAUCGCCCGAUUAUCCACCCAUCAGAUCCAUCUCCACCACCAAAUCUCAAACGCGACUCUAUAUACAAUCCAGACUCAUUAACUGUUUUCUCACCUCUGGAUCCUAUCAACCAAUUCCAAUUCAAACCAGGUCCAGGACAUCCACCCGGUCUAGCUCCCAUUCACCCAACCCAACCUAUCUCCUCAUUCCUUCUCCCUCCACUCGACUACACCACAACCGCAACAGCAUGUUUCAACCACGCCGCACUCCUAGCGGAUAAAUUACUCCCAGGUUCGCAUCCUCUACGCUUAUCAGUGAAACUGGAAUACGCCGCAUACCUAUACGACUGUCUCCAAGACCCAAUCGCCUGUCGUCGACUCGCGAAACGCGCCAUCGCAGAUGUAUACAACGCGCAAGAAGGAAUGGACGAUGAAAGUUUCGAAGACGCAGCUGAGAUUGUUGGCGUGCUAGGCAAAAUGGUGAAACGUGGUGGCAAGCCUGGCAGCAGUACGGCUGCUAGUAGCUCCCGUGGUGGCAGGUCGUAUAGCCAGAGUAGUCGCAGUCCCUCGCAUCUGGAUACGAGUGUCCCCACUACUGUUUCGCCGGUGCCGGUUACGAAGACCACGCCUAAUCCUUCUUCUGUGGCGGUUAUGGAACCUGCGGUUCCGAAUGUUUCUAUGAUGAAUCCGAUUUGA